AUGUCCGCAUCUUCUGAACCCUUCACCCUCUUUCACAAGUUCCCUCCAGAGCUCAAACUCGACAUUCUAAGCUUCUGCACCAGAAACGACCUAGUCUGCCUCUCACUGACCGGCCCAGACAUGCGAGAUCUCGUCGCACCACUCAUCCCCAGCAAACCUAAUCUCAUAUGGGUUGAUCAACUUGGUCCAACACCAGACGUCCCCUCAGAAUGCCAUGAUCCACACCGUAACAACACCCUCCGCCGUCAAGAUUGCGUCGGCGCAAGAGACCAACAAGUGGUCUACUCCCCAAUAAGCCAUCGCUUCAGACGCCAUGAAUACAGAGGAAAAAUCUGCUACAGAUGUCGAAACUACCCAUCCGCUCACCCAGUCUGCAAUGUUUCAUACUGCAAGAAGCAUUGUGCAUGCAUUUCAUGUCCUUUGUUCAUGAGAUUGCGGGGUUGGAUGGGUGAUCGAAAGUACUGUGCGGAGUGCAAUCAAUUCACCACUCGAACAAAGAGAAACAACGGAAGAUGCACUCACGGGCGGAAAAAGGUGCGGAAAACACCAAACAACCAUUGGAGUCGCAGCAAAGGAUUAUCCUACGGAAAUCGGUGGUGGAGAAAAUGGGGGACGCAUGGGAUUGACCACGAGGCGUACCAGCCCAAAGACACCGGAAGACGAAAUGCAAGAGUCGUUUAG